AGCCGUGGGAACUUGCCACCGCUACAGAAGCAGCCGGUUUGGUUGGCUGGUUCGAGUGCACCUUGAGCAGAUCUCGCUUUUCUUGGCCGCCCUCCACCCGGCACUGUUCGGUCUUGGUCGGUGUUUUGCAUCUGCGUCUGCAUCUCGGAGCCAUCCAAAGCGCUGGUCAGCCAUCUCCGUUCGCCUGCCCGCACGUACCAAGUCACUCGCACGCAGUUGAUCUUCAAGCACAAUGAGCAAGCCCCCGGUUCCAGAGCUGAAAAAAUACCUCGAUAAGCGCCUCCACAUCGGACUGAACGGCAGCCGCAAGAUCACUGGCAUUUUGAGAGGAUUUGACACCUUCAUGAACCUGGUCCUCGAUGACGUCGUUGAGGAGGUUUCUGCAACCGAACGACACAACAUCGGCAUGGUGGUGGUCCGCGGAAACUCAGUGACCGUCAUGGAGGCAUUAGAGAAGAUAAAUUGAGGAGCCAAACUCAUUUCUUUGCCGUGUCAGGGCAACUCCAUUUUGGUUCCUGGACCAACACCUCACCCCUCCUUGUGUGUUCUCCAUCCCGCCACAAUACUCAUAAGGGCGAAAUACACAUGCUGUGGCCAACA